CAGUGCGACGCUGAGAACUAGCCGCUGCCUGUCCCACUACCGCAGCCUCGCAGUCUCGUGUCACACGGUCCCCGCACGCCCCGGCCGGCCGAGCUGCGGGUCCUCGCGGCGAUCACCAUGCAGCUGACGUGCCCCGCGCUCUGGGCCGCGACGCUGACCGCGCUGGCGCUGCUCCGAGGGCCGCCGGGGGCGCGGGCCGGCGCGGGCGCAGCGGGCGCGGGCCCUGUGGUGCGCUGCGAGCCUUGCGACGCGCGCGCGCUGGCCCAGUGCGCGCCCCCGCCCGCCUCGCCCGCGUGCGCCGAGUUGGUGCGCGAGCCGGGCUGCGGCUGCUGCCUGACGUGCGCGCUACUCGAGGGCCAGCCGUGCGGCGUCUAUACCGAGCGCUGCGGCGCCGGCCUUCGCUGUCAGCCGAAGCCGGGCGAGCUGCGCCCGCUGCAGGCGCUGCUGGACGGCCGCGGGCUCUGCGCCAACGCCAGCGCCGCCGGCCGCCUGCGCGCCUACCUGCUGCCCGCGCCGCUCGCUCCAGGAAACAGCAGCGAGUCGGAGGAAGACCCCAGUGUCGGGGACACGGGCAGCCUGGUGCCGCCAGAGACACACCGGGCGCCCGACUCCAAGUUCCACCCCAGCCACACCAAGAUGGACGUCAUCAAGAGAGGGCACGCCAAGGACAGCCAGCGCUACAAGGUCGACUACGAGACCCAGAGCACAGACACCCAGAACUUCUCCUCCGAGUCCAAGCGGGACACGGAAUACGGGCCCUGCCGCCGGGAAAUGGAGGAUAUACUGAACCACCUGAAGUUCCUGAACAUGCUGAGCCCCAGGGGUGUCCACAUCCCCAACUGCGACAAGAAGGGCUUCUACAAGAAGAAGCAGUGCCGCCCUUCCAAAGGCAGGAAGCGGGGCUUUUGCUGGUGUGUGGAUAAGUACGGGCAGCCCCUCCCAGGCCACGACGCGAAGGGUAAAGGGGACAUGCACUGCUACAGCGUGGAGAGCAAGUAGACACAGCACUUAAUGUGGAGCUCAAAUACGCCUACUUUGCACAAAAGACUGCCAACGACGUGAUCAGCAGCUGGCUACAGUCUCGAUUUGUAUUUCUUUCUGUAGAGAAUUUUUUUCUUUUUCUUAAAACCAAAGUUUAGAAAGAGAUGCGUGAAAUGCCUAGGGCUCUUUCUUCUAUGUGGUGAACUUGAGUGUUUUUCCACUUUGCAGUAGUCGAUGAAACAGUGUGAUUUUUUCCUGUCGCUUCCUUUAAAACUACUUGUAAACUCAAGCACAGCACGGCCAGGCCUGACGCCCUGCUCACUGACGCGGCGACCCCCACUUCGCGCCUUAGCAGCUGCACGCUUCAUCCCCUCUGUGACAUGAGCCCGGCCUCUCGAGGACAGGAAGCCCCGGCACUGUGAUGUCUGGACAUCCGACACGCCCCCUGGAGCGAGAGUCUGCGUCCCUUCACCCAGAAGAUAGCUCCAGCCUUCAGGUCGCCUGCCCCAUGUGGGAACUGGUAGAGGGAAUCGGCAGAGUCUUGCUUAUUAAAAGAAACAAA